CUGCGCUCUGAGCGUAAUCCCAUAAUGGAUUUUAAAACAAGCAGCAACUACAGCAACGCGACCAGCGGUUACCCUAGUGGGGUGAACGUGGUUGCCGACUGGGACGAGGGUGAGAACGGUACGGGAUCUGGGUCUGUGCCAGAUCUGAAGCUGAGUUACCAGAUUAUCACUUCUUUGCUCCUGGGGUCCCUCAUCCUAUGCUCCAUAUUUGGCAAUGCGUGCGUCGUGGCAGCCAUCGCCCUGGAGAGAUCUCUCCAGAAUGUGGCGAACUAUCUGAUCGGCUCCUUGGCCGUGACAGACCUCAUGGUGUCGGUGCUGGUUCUGCCAAUGGCGGCCCUUUAUCAAGUUUUGAAUAAGUGGACGCUGGGGCAGGAGAUCUGUGAUUUAUUCAUCUCCCUGGAUGUACUGUGUUGCACAUCAUCCAUCCUACAUCUGUGCGCAAUUGCCUUGGACAGGUACUGGGCCAUAACAGACCCUAUUGAUUAUGUAAAUAAACGGACACCAAGGAGAGCUGCGCUCUUGAUUAGCGUCACCUGGCUAAUCGGUUUCUCGAUCUCUAUUCCGCCUAUGUUAGGCUGGAGAAGCGCCGAAGACAGGGCGAAACCCGACGCCUGCAUCAUCAGCCAGGAUCUGGGUUACACCAUCUACUCCACAUUUGGGGCUUUUUACAUCCCUCUUAUCCUCAUGUUGGUCCUGUACGGGCGAAUAUUCAGGGCUGCUCGGUUUCGGAUUCGAAAGACAGUCAAGAAAUCCGAGACAGCAAAAGUGUCAGACAAGUGCCUGUCUGUGUCUCCGGUCAUCUUCCACAAGAAAACCAACGGCGAGGCCGGGGGCAGAGGCUGGAUGCGUUGCGAUGAGUCUAAACCCAGCUCUCCAUGCAUAAAUGGCGCGGUGAAGCAUGGAGAUGAGGGCGAGUCAUUGGAGAUAAUAGAAGUUAGCAGCAAUUCAAAGACGCACCUGCCUCUGCCCAACACACCUCAGUCCUCCUCACAGGGCUACGAAAACAUGAAUGAAAAGAACUCCGGGACGAAGAGAAAGAUCGCGCUGGCCAGAGAACGUAAAACGGUGAAAACACUAGGGAUCAUCAUGGGCACUUUCAUCUUCUGCUGGCUGCCCUUCUUCAUCGUCGCACUGGUGUUGCCUUUCUGUGCACAGAGCUGUUACAUGCCUGACUGGCUGGGCGCAGUCAUAAACUGGCUGGGCUACUCCAACUCUCUCCUCAACCCCAUAAUAUAUGCCUACUUCAACAAAGACUUCCAAAGUGCUUUUAAGAAGAUAAUAAAAUGCAAAUUCCACAGACCGUAACCACACACACAGUGAACGCGUGUUUUUACCUUAACGUGGAGUAUCUAAUGGACUGUAUGGAACAGCAAAAAAUAACAUGGACUUGCAUUCAGGGACAGUCUCUUUUUGGUGUGUGUUGGAGGACCGUAUGAAAAGAAAAUCCGGGGUCACUGGCCGCCGACGAAACAAGACAAGACGGGAACUUUCGCUCUUAAUGUACAAGCUCAUGUGUGUUCAGUGUUGUAGCUACAGUGUAUAGUUUAUAUUCGACGAUAGCCAUCAUUGUAUUGCCAUGCAAGAUCUGUGCUGAUUCUAUGCGUUGUAUCAUGAGACUUGCGGAGUUUACAUCCUACGCAAUGAGCUUUGUAGCAUCGAAGUAAAAAAAAAUGGAUCAAAGUUUGUCAUUAGGAAAUACGAGUUCAUUGUUAGUAAAGAAAAUCAAAAACGAAUGGGCUAAAAAGAGAGAACUAGGUUUAUAAUGAAAAAUCCUAAUCUCACCUGGGACAUGUCAUUUACUGUGUUGUUGAGCAAAGUACUGAGCUACUUAUCAAUUUACCGUGACAGACCACAUGAUGGGGGCGAUCGGGUAAUCAGUGCAUGGUGUUUCCGAGGUCUUACAAAAAAAUGGGUAUCGAACAAACCCCAGUGUCUAUCCAUCAAACCCAUAUAAAAGUUGAGAGCAAGCAGAGAUGGGCAAUUUUUCCCAAAAUGGAGGCUGGUAUUACAUUUAUGAUAUAUGUUCUCAUUCACUCUCCCUCCCCCUCUCUUCUUACUCCAGACCUACCCCCAACCCAUCUCUCUAUUUCUGACUCCCAGACUGUGUGUGCGUGUGUGUAAACAGCAACAAACUGUGAAAUAAAGAUUGCUUGAGACAAAAAUGAAAGAGGAGCAUCAAAAAAAUUUUGAGCUGUUAUUAAUCUCAAGAAAACCAUUAAGUUCAGUGCACAUGGGCUGCUCAGAUAAAAAGAUCACAUAAUACAAAGUUUUGCACUGUUGAAGUGCUCUCAUCUAUCGAAUAAAUCCCAAACACAAAUCCACUGUUGGACAUUAAAAAGGAGGAAAACUUACUUUAAGGAUGAAGCCCCAGUGAGGCCUGCAUGCUUCACAAGAUGGGGGGGGACUAGCCAGCUUGUUGUCAUGGCAACGCAGGAAGCCCAAGACAUCAUGGGUUGAUAACAGUCAAGUUAUAUGAGAAGUGAGCAAAUCCUUAAAGUGUGUCUUUAAAUAUUUAUUAACAUGCAGGUUCAAAACUGUUUGGGUCCAAGACUCAAAGACAAACAGUACUGAGGUUAAUGUUCCACUCACUAGAUGUUUUUUGUUCAGCCACAUCUUUGCUCUACUGUGAUGGAGG